AUGUCGGCCCCUCCAAAGCUCCCGCUCCUAUCCUUCCUAGGCGACGUGCCGUCGGCUCCGACUCUCGCCCCCAGCACGCCAAGCAUCAUGUCGGCCUCGGAAAAGGACUUCGACACCACCCCGGCAGACGGCGCGAUGCCGAGCACCGAGAAGGAGAGCGAGCCGGCCGGCGGGACGGGUGCCCGCGAGGUUGAGGACAUCAGCAGCAGCGCCGAGAAGCCGGCGCCCGCCCAGGAUGACGUGAGCAUCACGACGACAACGACGGCGUCGGCUCCGAGAACCAGGCGGCCUGACACCCCCGUACCACAGACAGGCAUGAGGGAGGACGGCACGUCCUACCCCGCUGGCAUCAAGCUCGCUGUUCUCAGCAUCGCGCUCUCGCUGGCCGUGUUCCUGAUGGCCCUCGACAAUGUCAUCAUAACAACUGCCAUUCCGAGGAUCACGGACGAGUUCCGCAGCCUGGAGGACGUAGGCUGGUACGGUAGUGCGUACCUCCUCACCACGGCGGCGCUGCAGCUGCUCUUCGGAAAGUUCUACACCUUCUUCAGCGUCAAGUGGAUCUACCUGAUCGCCAUUGGCGUCUUCGAGCUCGGCUCCCUGAUCUGCGGCGUGGCCCGGAACUCCCUGACGCUGAUCCUCGGACGCGCCAUCGCCGGCCUGGGCUCGGCCGGCCUCUUCUCGGGCUCACUCGUUAUCCUGGCCCACUCGGUCCCCAUGGCCACGCGCCCGUUGUUUACGGGCCUGAUCGGGUCGAUGUACGGCAUCGCCUCGGUCGCCGGCCCGCUUCUAGGCGGCGUCUUCACCGACAAGGUGACGUGGCGCUGGUGCUUCUUCAUCAACCUGCCCAUCGGCGCCGUCACCAUCGCCGUUAUCGCUCUCUGGUUCGAGGACCCCAGGCGGCCCCGCGCCGCCGCCGCCGCCGCCGACGACGACGGCCAAGAGCCCGAGCCCGAGACGUGGCGCCAGCGCCUGAUGCAGUUCGACCCGCUGGGCACGCUCCUCUUCACGCCCUCCAUCGCCUGCCUGCUGCUAGCGUUGCAGUGGGGCGGCACCGAGCACGCGUGGGGUUCGGCCGUGGUGGUGGCGCUGCUCGUCGUCUUCGGCGUCCUCAUCACCGUCUGGGUUUACGUGCAGUACCGCCAGGGAGACCGCGCGACCGUUCCGCCGCGCAUCAUCGGCCAGCGCACCGUUUGGUCGGGCUCGCUGUACUCCUUCUGCAUCAGCGGCGCCUUCCUGGCCGUCAUCUACUUCAUCCCCAUCUGGUUCCAGUCUGUCAAGGGCGCCACGGCCGUCGAGUCGGGCAUCAUGAACCUCCCCAUGCUGCUGGCCGUCGUCGUCAUGUCCGUCGUCGCGGGCGCUGCCGUCACCUUCUGGGGCUACUACUCCCCCUUCAUGCUGCUCGGCACCCUCCUCACCUCGGUCGGCUUCGGCCUCAUCUCGACCUGGGGCCCCGACACGGACCGCCCCGUCUGGAUCGGCUACCAGGUCCUGGCCGGCGCUGGCGUGGGGCUGGGCAUGCAGCAGCCGCUCAUGGCGGUCCAGGCGGUGCUGCCCAUCGAGGACGUGCCCACCGGCACGUCGGUCGUCGUGUUCCUGCAGACCCUCGGCGGCGCACUCUUCGUGUCCAUCGGCCACAACGUCUUCACCAACCGCCUGGUCGAGAACCUGUCCGUCCUCUUCCCGGGCGUCGACGUCGCCGCCGUCCUCAAGUCGGGCGCCACUGGCCUCGCGAACUCCCUGACCCCCGAGAUGGUGCCCGUCGUGCUGGCCGCCUACAGCGCCGCCCUGACAAAGGUCUUCCUGGUCGCUGCCGCGCUGUCGGCCCUCAGCAUCAUCGGCAGCGCCUUCGUCGAGUGGGAGAGCGUCAAGGGCAAGGACGUGGAGAUGGCCAUGGCUUAA